AUGCCUUUAGAGGAGCGAGCCCUGCAACAGGGCAAAUCAGUUGACAACGCAGAGUCGGAAAUCGCACACAGCAUUAUGAUCGAAGAUACCCGCCAGAUACCCGACCUCACAGAGACCGAGAGGAAGAAAUUGCUCCGCAAGAUGGACCUCCGCCUGGUCCCAAUGGUGACAUUGCUAUACCUGCUCUCUUUCCUGGACCGUGGUAAUAUAGGCAAUGCUCGACUUGGGGGUUUGGAAGACGACCUUGGCUUGGUGGGCAAUCAAUACAACAUAGCCCUCACCAUCUUUUUCUUUCCAUAUUGCUUGUUCGAGGCACCAUCAAACCUGCUGCUGAUGAGAUUCCGACCAUCCAUCUGGCUUCCUUCGAUCAUGAUUGCCUGGGGCACUGUCAUGACUCUGAUGGGCACUGUGCAAAACUACGAAGGGCUCCUCGCCACCCGAUUUUUCCUGGGGAUGACCGAGUCUGGACUCUUUCCAGGGGUAGCAUAUUACCUCACGAUGUGGUAUACACGUCACGAGGUGCAAUUUCGGAUGGGCCUGUUUUUCGCCGGAGCGAGCCUCGCUGGCGGGUUCUCGGGCUUACUCGCCUAUGCCAUCCUCAAGAUGGAUGGCGUAGCUGGUCAGGCCGGCUGGAGAUGGAUUUUCAUCCUAGAAGGCAUCUUGACCGUCAUCGUGGCUGUGGCCGCUUUCUGGUUCAUCCACGACUUCCCGGAGACGGCCAAGUUCCUGACACAGAGGGAGAGAGUCUAUCUCGUCCAUCGAUUGAGGCACGACCUUGGUGGCCAAGGCCAUGACGGGGAGGCUGUCGGCCUUGAGACAUCUUUUCGAUGGAAAUAUGUUGCAAUGGCCUUCACCGAUUGGCAGACGUAUAUGAUGGUGUUGCUCUACUGGGCGGCGUGUUGUCCUCUUUAUGGCGUCUCAUUGUUCCUGCCAACUAUCGUCAAGUCAAUGGGCUACAAGUCAACCGAGGCGCAGCUGCUCACCAUUCCCAUCUAUGCUGCCGCCUGCAUCAGCUGUCUCCUGGUGGGAUAUCUCUCGGACCGACUGAAGAAACGAGCGCCGUUUGUGUUCGGUUGUUACGUGGCCAUGCUUACUGGGUACAUUAUGUGUGCUGCUCCCAAGCACUUUACUCCCGGACUCACGUACGCUGGAAUCAUGAUCGCUGCGUGUGGCCUCUACAGUGUCAUACCGGGACUUCUUGCGUGGUUCUCCAACAACUUGGCCCCGGUGCACAAGCGAUCUGUGGCCAUGGCGUUGCAAAUCGGAUUAGGGACCCUCGCUGGUGCUGCAGCGUCCAAUUUCUAUGUGGCAUCGGACGCACCCACGUAUCGAACAGGGCAUACCAUUGAACUCGCGUUUGUCAGUAUGGGCUUGGUGUUGGUGGUUACUUACUACAUCAGCUGCUCUCUUGCCAACAAGAAGAGGGCCAAAAUGUCGCUGGAGGCUUAUACGAAUCAACAGCUGGCAGAAUUAGGGGACAAGAGUCCAGCGGCCAGCUAG